AUGCGAUAAAAAUAGCUUAAAGAAAAGUAUGAAGAACAGUUGUAAAAUAUAGCUACUCUUGAAAGAAAUUUAUGGUUUGCUAUUAAAAAAGAAAAUGGCUAAAAUAAUUUAAAGUGCUGGAAUAUAUCUUGCAUAUUAAGUUUAGAACUUACAAAAUUGGGAGAAAAAUUAAUUAAAGAAAAUGAUUUUGAUUAAGCUGAGAUGUAUUUGAUGAGAGCACAAUAAUUUACUGAGCCCUCCAUAGAUAAAUCUAUUUGGAUACACUAAGUAGAAUGGUUUUAUUAGCGCUUAAAUAUUGCACUGAAUUUAUAAAUUAUGUAUACAAAGUAAAAGAGAUAUAAUUCUUGUUUUGAUGUGUUAAACCAAAUUAUUGAGCAGUGUGAAAAAUCUCACUUGUUUGAAAAGAUUUGGUAAAACAUUGAAUCUAAUCUUGAUUUUGCUUAUUAUUAAUUAUUAAUUUCCUGUAUCGAGCUAAAGAAGUAUAUCUAAGCAUUUGCUUGCUGCAAAAAAUGCAUUAGUAUUAUAGAUUAUUAUGAAAAGGAAUACAAUAAAUAACAUAAAAUGGUAGAGAAUAAUUAAUAGGAAUUAUUACUGUAAACAUAUGGGGAAUAAAGGGGAGUUAUUUAUUUAGAGCAUAAAUAGCUUCUGUUUAAGAAGCUAACUUUAAGGAUUUAUUGUUUUUAUUAAGGUGGCAGGGCUCUUUAUAAGCUAGGUAAUAAGCUCAACUCUUUAAAAUUUUUUAAAAUGGCUUGGAAAAAAUCAAAGGAAAUACUAAAAAGUGACGCAAAUUAAAAAGUUUCUUUGUUUUUCAAAAAAUAUACAGAAGUAAAAAAUGAGCUUGAAUUCGAUAAAAACUUAAAUAAUGAAUCGAUUGGAGAUUUUUCUAAAUUCACUCUAGAAGUCAAAAAGGCAUCUAUCUAAAACCAUUAAAAGCAAUAAUAAGACGGAAAUUCUUAAAAUUAAGAAUCACAAAAGAGCUUAGAUCCUGAGAAAAUAUUGAAGCAAGGAAGUUAGAUAGAUUUAAAAAAUUUUGGAUCAGCUAAUUCAUUAGCUAAUGAUUUUGAUGAACUAUCUAAAAAUUAGUAAGAAGGUGUAAAUAAUUUACCUCAUAGGUUAAAUAAUGAAAAUUUUUCAGACUUUCUAUUCUCCUAAAAUAGUACUGAUAAUUUAGAGAAAAACAAUAAAAAAUAAAAAAAAAUAGAAUUUGCAGAUAAUGUUUUUACCAAAAAUUGUGAUAUUUAUUUAGAAAAAAAUGAUUAGGAAUUGGAGUUGUAGCAGUUAAUGAAUAAGCGCCAAGAAUCCAAAGGUUCUAGAAAAGGAACUUUUUUAAGCAGCAACCCAACUUAACAGACGACAAAUACAACACCAAAAAAAACAGUUUCUACUAGUAAUACACCUAAAAAUACUAUAAGAAAUGCUACUAGUUUUUAAACUCAAGCUAAUUCAAUAAAAUAAGAUACUUAAGGAACUUAAAUAUCAAAUAAAGCAUUAAGAAAAAAAAGACCUAUUGUUUCUUUACACACCUCUCCAUCAAACUAAAGCUAGGUAAAAAAUAAUAAUUAGCUUGGUAAAUUUUCAAAUGCAAUAAGUCCAAAAGGAAUUGAGCCUUCACCUUUUUCUUUUACAUAGCAAUAAAAUAGUAUUAAUACUAAUUUGGUAAAUAAAAUAAAAUAAUAAAAUAUUAUUUACAGUGAUACAGAUGCUCCUAAAAAUAAAAGAAAACUUUCAAGUUUAGAAGGCAUAACUAUAAACUCUAACAGCAGUCUUAGUUUUUAGAGUUUUGGUAGUGAUAAAGAAGAAGAUGAUGAAGAUACUUAAGAAAAUUAAAACUAAACAAUUGAUAUAAAAAAUAAAAAUUAGAUUGGGUAUUCCAAAAAAUUAUCUUUCAAAGAUAAAAAUAACAGCUCGUUUGAUAACUUAUUAGUUAAAUUUCAUAAUUAAUAAAAGACAUCUUUAAGAAAAAAUUCAAAAAUUCAAAGAUUUCGUCCAUUAACAGCUUAAAAUAGCAGAAACAAUACUUUAAGUGAUUAUGAAAAAAGAUAAGCAAGUUAAGGAAAGCUCUAAUAAUAUUUGGUUAAUACUUAAUAUUAAAAUUAGACAAAUAUUGGUACAAAUAGUUAAUCUAUCACACCUACAACUGCCAAAUCGAUUUAAUAAGAUGGAAUGAGUACUCUAAGCAUAAGGAGCUAAUUGAAUUAUUUUUUCAAAGGAAGAUCUACAAGCACAGAAAAAAAUGCUGUGAAAAAAAUAAGGAAAUAUUACGAAACUGCUUUUGGAAAAUCUAUUGAUACUCAAGAAGAUAAAACAAAUAAUGAAUAAACAUUAGAUAAUACUUAAACAAAAAAAGAUAAUUAAAAUGUAAAAAUUAAAAACAAAAAAUCUGUAUCUACAUAUUAAGGUGUUGGUGGAAUUGAAACGGCUUUAGACAUGAACUAAUUUUUAAUGAACUAAUAAUAAAAAAUAGCUUAAAACUCUACUAAAAGUGGAGGAUAGUAUUUCACUCAACAAUCUGCCAAAUCUUUUAUUUCAAAUAUUUUUACUAAUUCUUAGCACAUAAAGCCGAUGGAUAUACAACAACUAUAAACAAAUUAAUAAUUGUCUUAAAAAAUAAAAAAUUCUUCAGCUAAAAAUAGUAUUCACCAAAAUACUUUAAAUUUACAGAAUAAUAAUAACAAUAAUAGAGCUGAAAAUAAAUAAGCUUUAAACAGGAAAACUAAAGGAUCUAAAAGUUUGCACAUGUCUACAAAUUUUUUAUUUUUUCCAAUAUAAAAUAAUAACAUAAUUUUAUAAUAAAAUGAUAAAUAAAAAACAGAAGCAGCUAUUGUAUAAAAUUAGGAAAAAGCAUAAUAAUAAAAUAUACAAAUAAAUAUUUAAGAAGUCAAAAACUCAGAAUAAGUAGAAGAACAGCCAAAAACAGAAAAAACAGAUAUUAAACAAGUAAAUUUCUAAAUAUAGGAAACUUAAGAAUAUGAAAAUUAAAACUAAAACAGCAAAAAAAUCAACUUUUUAUCGGUCUGUCCUGAGAGUUUAAAUUACAUUACGAAAAUAGAGGGAUCGCGUGCUUCAUUGAAUUAAUUCAUAAAUAGUGAAGAAAACGAUUAAAAACUUCCAUCAUUUCUUCCUUCUGCUAUAACUAUUGAUUAAGAAAAAGAUAGCAAAACUACAAGCAUUUAGAAUUUUGGGAAUUAUUUUCUUAUAGCUCCUGAAAUGAGUAAUGUGCAAUAAAUUAAAAAGAAAUCUAAAGAUAUUUCUAACUAGAGCCAGUAUUUAACAGUUGCUCCCAAUGAUAAUAGUAUUGAUGAUUUUUCUAAGACAAGAUCAAAAUCGAAAACAAUUGAUAUUAAACGAUUUAAGGAAAAAUAAAAUACUACAAAACAAUCAAAUUUUUUAAAAUUAAACCAAAGCAGUUUUUAAAAUGUAGAUGUUUAAGAUAAAAAAUAGAAAAUUUAUAAGUAAAUUGAUAAUAUAUUAUUAAAUGAUCAUAUGAUUUAAAGUAAAGUUAACUAAUCUCUUUAUAAAUUAUCCAGUCCUCCUACAUUACCAAAUAGAAAGUAUUCUAACACAAACGAGAUGUAACUUGAUGUAAAUUAUAACUAAGCAACAAAUUAAUCUCCAAAAGAAUAAAUAAAAAAUGAUUCAAAUUUAAUAGAUUUUGUUUAGCAGUCUAAACUUAAUAUGGUUGUCUUAGCGAGACCAACUUCUGCGAUGACUGGCAUUUUAAAAAAAGCUAAAACUAAACAGUAUUCUCCUGAAGAUAGAGAAGAAGACGAUGCUAAGCAAACAAGAGGUUAGAUAUACUAAUAAAUGAUUGAUGGAGUAGACUCAAAUAAAAAUACAACUUUUAUUUAAAGAGCAAUGAAAUCCAAGGAAAAGAAAGAGACUUCUAAUGCGAAUAAUCAAAUGAAUUCUUUUCAAACAUUUUAAAAUUCUUUUAAUUAAGAGUCUAAAAGUUCAAUAAGAAAAAGACAGCAAUCUGAAUAUGUAACAAGUAUUUAUAAACAGACUAGCAGUAAGAUGAAGAGAUAAGAAUCUCAAACUUCUUUCACAAAUUUGACACAAUAACAACUUUAAUCGUAUUACACUAAUAAAAAGUAGAAUUUAAAUUAAACACAGCUAUUAUCUUAAAAUGGAAAUUAAAAUAACAAUGCUCUGUAAAGAAAAUAAUCGUUUCAUAAAUAAAAUAGCAUCACAGCUAUUAAUAAAAAACAAGGAACUAAUUAAGGCACGAAUAAAAAUAAUUUAAAAAAUAUUGUCAGCCUUGCAGCAAUGCCUGAAAUAGAUAAUGACUAAGAAGAAGAAAUAGCAAGUAGCAGUAAAUUUAAAGAAAAUUUUAAGAAUACAGAAAACGAUAUUGAUUCUGAGGUGUAAAUGAAAAAUUAGAUUUCUAAAUUAGGAAAUAUGAAUUAAGAUGUCAUCAUUGAAGAGAAUUAAUCUAAAAAUGAAAUUAACAAAUCAAAAAAUUUAGCAUAAUCGGAUGAAUAAAACAAAUUAGAAGAUAAACUAAAAAAGGUCAAUUAGUCUUAUAUUUUAUUGUCUGAAAAUUAAUCGUCAUUUACUUAAACAUCAGUUGAUAGGAAAUCACAUUCUUUAUCGCCAAAUAACUCAGCAAAGAAAAGAAGAGCCUCUGAUUAAAUUUUUUAGAGAAAAUCGCUGGUUAAAGAUUCGAUUCUUCAGGAUAUAAGUGAUUUAAAAAUUAGAGUAAAUAAGCAUAGAGAAUCAAUAAAUGAAAUGAUUUUGCAAAAAAGAAAUGCAGCAGCAAGAUUUAUAUAAUUAUUUUGGAGAGACUAUAAAAAUGGGUUUAAAAACUAAAUGGAUUAAGUUAUUACCAUGAGCACUAAAAAUAACAUCGAAGGUCCUACAACUAGUAUAAUGGAAUAUAGAAAUAAUAAUAAUAAUAAUAUUAGUAUUUAAGGUUAAACCAAUAGCAGCAAUACUAAUUCCAAUAAUUAGAUUACAACUUAAAAUAUAAAAUUUAGCAAAAAUAAUCUUAAUUUGUAGAUUAAUAUUAAUUAAAUUGAUAAUUCUGUUAAUCACGGUGCACGUUAGAAAAAGAUAAGUGAUGGCUCAUUUAAAUCUUAGCUUUCUAUUAAGAAAUAGUCAUUUAAUUUUAAAUCCCCUUCACCGACCAAGUACUAAAGGAGUCAAUAUUUCUUCCCAAAAGUAAUUGAAACAAGUCAGGCUGUAGGAUCAUAAACAAAUAUUCCUUCUUAGUAUAAUCAGUAAAAUUUAAUGCCUCAUUAGCAUAAUUAUCAUAGAAGUACUUCUGUUUCUUCUCCUAAAAUAAUAAGUUACUUCAGGGAUGCUUUUAAAAAUAAAUAAGCUAUUGAAGCUAGGGAAAAUCUAAAUGAUUUACAAAUAAAACCAAUUUUACCUCUAAAAUUUUAUUUAUUUUAGUACUAAGUAGGCCUUUAGUUAUGGAAAAUACAAGAUUUUAACGUUAAUGUUGUUGUGCAAAAAGAUGAAGUAUCAGUAAACAUGAAGUUUCACCUAUAAGUUGAGUAAUUCUAAGGCAUUCUUCCAUUAAAAUUCAAAGUUGGAAUUUAGGAUCUCUAAAGUUUAUCGCAAGUAAAAAAGGCCACUAAGUGGAGCUUAGCCAGUGAGUUUUUGAAUUACUACUUUAAAAGCAAAAAUUUACUAGCUAAUUGGGAGAUAUUUUAGUUAAAUUAAAACGACUCAGAAAAUAAAGUCUUUUUUGCGCUUUUAGAUGGUAUGGAAGAAAAGAGAGAAUAGGUUAGAGAGCAAGAAGAAGUAGAAAUCUAAAGAUAUGAAUUAACUAACAAAAAAAAAUAUCAAUUCUGUUCUAACUCAUAAAGUUACGUAUAUAUCUCAGAUAUUCACGUGCAAGAAUUAAUUUAAGUGUUUGAAAAGUUAUCUUUUUUGAUUCCAAAAUAUACAAUUUUUACAAAGAAAGAAAAUGGUAAAGUUAUAAAUAUCUCAGAAAAUUAAAUUGUCUAAAAUGGAAAUAUAUCAAGCAAUACAUCAAUACAAGAUAAGUUGCAAGAGAAUUCAAAUGUUUAUGAAAAUAAUUUGAAAUCUCUGAGGUAGUUUUUAGUUAUUAGAAAGGCAAAGAUAAGGGAUCUUGAAUUAAAAAGCUAGAGAAUUUCAAUACAUUAAAUUGAUAAAAAAUUUCAUCUCAUAUCUAAUCAUAACUUACCUGAGUUUACAACUAACUUAAUUCUAUCUUAUAAUAAAAUCUCAAAUAAAAAAAUAUCUUCUUCUUGUUCUAUUGAUGACGCACUAGACCAGUAAUAAAAAGAAUCAUUUACACCACACAAAAGCAUGCUUUCUGCCACCACCUAACCACCAAAGCUCAAUAUAUCUUUAUUAAAAAAGAAUAUUACCAAAGAUGGCAGUUAAAAUUUUAUUAAAUUGAUGAGAAACGAAAGUGGAAUAGAUUCACCUUUAACUCCAGCUAAUAUUUUUGGUAAAGACUAGGAAAACUUAAUGGCACAAGAAUUGCUAGAUUUUCAAAAUUAGAUUCAUUAUUCUUAAUCUUCUAUUUAGCUUCCAAGUUAAUAUAAAAAUCAGAAUAAUAGUCUCUCUAUUGAUCUAUAAAGUGAUUUAAUGUUAGAAGAUAAUAGUUCUAAAAACUAUUAAAUAAAGGAGCCUACAGGUGUCCAAAAUAUUAUUAGUACUUUAGGCAAAAAGACAAAAUCUUCUAAAAAUAUAUCUAUUAAUCCAUUAAUUUAGAUUAACAAUAAAUAUUCAUCUAUAAUGACUAAUUCCCCUUAAUUUCUUUCUCCUUAAUAAUAAAGUUUGAAAUCUCCUUCAGCCCACCCUUAGUUAUAAUAGUAAUCAUAAAAUAAUUUGAUGAAAGGAAAUAAUUCAAGAAGAAGUAGUCUUUUCUUUUAAAAGAUGCUUGAAUAACGAAUGAGAGAAGCUUAAUAAAGUUUAAAUUAGAAUAAUGUAAUGUUGUCAUCAAGCAAUACUCACAUGACGUCAAGUAAGCAUAGUAGACAAGAAAAUUCUCAGAUAUCUAGAAGAUAAGGGGGAGAAUAAUUUUAAGAAUACAUAGAUGAUAAUUUGAUUAUUCCUAAUUUAUUGAAUGGUACUCCUAAAAAUAAUUAAACACCUGUUUCUCCUUUUCAGCUUUCGAAAAAUGAUGUUCCAAAGUCUCCUUAUGCUUAAAAUAACAAUCAUAUGUUUUUAUCACAAUAAUAAUAUACUCCCCUUUCUUAAUCUUAAAAAUUGCAGCCUAAAAAUUAGAUAUCAUUUUAUGAAGAUGAAAAUAAUAUAAAUAAUAAUUUGAAUAAUUAUUCCUUAGAUUUAAAGAAAAAAGGUUCCGGAUAUACCUAAGACGCUGAUAGCGAUUAAUAAUUGCUCUUAUAAAAAAAUUAUUAGAGUAAACAAUAAUUUGAAUAUCCUUUAUCUCCCUCUUACGAUGAAAUAAAUGACACCCCUUUUUUUAAUAGUGAAUAGCUAAAAAAUGAAAAAAUAACAUAAAUUUAUAAAAGAAGUUUUAAGAAAGCGACAACUAUAGUAGAAGAAAACUAAGAAGAAGCUCUAUAGUAAUCAACUUAUUAAGGCUAAAACAAUCCUUAAAAUAAUUUAGCCAACAAGAUAAUUACAAAUAAAAUAGAUGAAGCAAAUUCAGAACUUGUACCUAAUUAGUUAGACGCCAGUAAUAAUAUUGAAGAUUAAGAGUAUAAACCACUUAUAAAGCAUUUAGAUGAAAAAAAGACAAGGUAUAGAAUGAAGUAAAUAUAGUAUUGGAGAUAGUUUCGUUACUUUGAAGAAAUAUCAAAUAACAAAUAUUUUUAUAUACCAGAAUUAUACUUGAAUCCAUUUUAUCAGAACCAAACAAUAUUGUAAGCAAUAGUUAAAAAAAAUAAAGAAUUCUAUAGAGCUGUGUUAAAGAUAUUUUUGGUUUCAGAAUAGCAAUAAGAAAUAGAUAUAGAAAAAAAAGAUGGAAUAAAUGUUGUUUUGCAAUUAUUUUAGUGUAACAUGAAAGGAAAGUGGUCUGACGAAUUAACUCUUAAUCUAUUUUAGUUUAUUGAUGAGUUUUUCCCAAGUAAUGACUUAAAUAUGCUUUAAAAACCAGUAGAUGAAGAAUAACUAGGAGAAAAUUAAGAAUUUCAGUUAAAUUAUAACUUUUAAAAGGCCUUUAAUUUCAACAAAUUUAUUUAUAGAAAGGGGUUUGAUAUAAAACAAGCUAUUUCUUUGCAAAAGUAGUUGCAAGGAAAAAUAUACAUUGAAAAUUGUAAGAUUAACUUAAUAUAUACUAGUAAGUAUAAGAAAAAGAUAAAAUUUGACAAAAAUACUACAAAUUAUUCAAGUAAUGGAUUAGAAAAUACUUAUGAAAACAGUUAAUAUGAUAUUAAUAACAGAGCUUAAAGUGUAUAUGAAAUAUAUGGCAGUGAUGAUACUACAUCAAAGAUUUUUUCUUAAAACACUUCAAAUAAUAUUGCAUAUGACUAUGCAAAAGAAAAUAUAAGCUUAUUUCUUUUACCAUAAAAGAGAAAUUAACAAUUAGAUUUCACUGCGAUAAAAGAAAAUUUAGAAUAAGAUGAUAUUAGAGAACUGCUUAAUAUUAUUCAGCAGAAAGCGUAUAAACCUAUAUCAGAUAAUUAAUACUACCAAAUUAAACUUAACUUAGAAGUACCAAGAGAAAAAUCUGAAGGUACUUAAAAUGCUUAGAAUAAACAAGUUAAUUUUAAUAACCUAAUUUCAAAAAGUAGAUAGUCCGUAUCUCUACUUUCUAGAGUUUUAAAGGCUUCAGCUAAAUUAAAAUAAAAUAUCUUAAAAGUUGAAAGAAAUGUAAAUUAGACUUCGAUAGAUUAGAAUAACGAACACAUUAGCAGAGUUAAUGAAAGAACACUUGUUUCAUAAGGAGAUGUCGAAAUUUUAGAAUUUUACAAUACAGCUAAGAAAAUAGAUUAUAAGAAAAUCAGAUUAAUUUAUCAAAUUAGAAAUAAACAAUAAGGCAGCAUGCAAUCUAUGAUAAUACAAUUUAAAAAAUAUAAACCUUUCCAAUAUCUAGAUGAAGAAGAGCUUACUUCUAUUGUUAAAAUUUAUAAUCCAAUAAAUAACUAAUAGAUUGAUCAGGUAAUUAUCAAAGGAAAGGAAAAUAUAGAAAAGCUAAUUAAUAUUAUUUAGUAUAGCUAAGAAACUAAAAUCCCAGUAUAUUAGCUUAAUUUUUUAAAUAAGAAUAUUGGAUUUUUUAGCAGAGUUUAUUUUGGUAGCUACAUAGAAUAAAAUAAAGAGACACACAUUAACAAAUUCCUUUAGAAAUAUAACGAAAAAGAUGAAGCACUUUAUGAUUUGCUUAAGAAUGCAGAUACCUUUUUCAAAGAGCAAAGCUAUUUGCAGCUAUUUUUGACUAGAAUUAAACUUACAUUAAUCUCUAAUUUCCUCUCUUCCCACAAGCACGAAUAAAACUUUUUACUUACUUCAUAUUUUAAUUCAUAGAAAGUCUCUUAGUAUUGCAAUAUUAAGGAUCUAGGAAAAACAAUAGUGCAAACAGUAGUUUAUUCAACUAAUCCAAUGUUUACAUCUCAUCGCUCUGUGUUCAUAUGUCUACAUUUAUUCUCUAAAAAGAUGAGAAAUAGCUACUCCAAAUUAGUUUUUACCAUAGAAGAUAUUUAACAUUUGAUUUCAAAAGAAUUCACAUCAGAAAUUUGUCUUGAUAAAGAAAAGAUCAUUAAUAUGGUUUAUUUACUUUGUGAAAAGUUAGUAUAUUUUAACACAAAAUAGUUCCCUAAUUUUAAGUUACCACUAUCAAAUUUAAAUAAAAACACAAAAAAAUCAAAAUACGAUUUGUUGAACAGCUUUGAUCCCACUCCAGAGCCAUUAGCAUUGACAAAAUCUAUUUUAACUAACAAAACGUUUUUAACUCCUGUGCUCAGGUCUUAAAAAGUUAUAUUUAUAGGAAUCAAAAAAAUACUCAACUAAUAUACAAUAAUUACAGUAAGAAGAUUCGACAUUUUAGACUAUUAUUGCAUAGAAAUUUACAUACCUAAAAGUGGAAGAAAAUGGUUUACAAAUAUGUAUCCCAGUGACCUUUGGAGAUUUAAUCCUGGAUUUAUGGAAAAUUUGUUUCCGUUUAUAUUUUGGGAAAAUCCUAAUAUAGUAGAGGUUAUAAAAUCUUUUAAAAAAGAAAGAUAUCUUGAUUUUACUAGAAAAUAUGAAAGCGAUAUUGUAAUAAGCCCUAAAAAAUACAUUGAUAAACUGAAUAUUCAAUAGUAAGAGCACAAUUAAAAGUUUUACUCUUCAACAAAAUAUAUAAGUUCAACUAAAUUUAGAUAUGAAAAGUAUUAUAAUGAAUACUUUUCUUAACAUUUAGCUAGCUCAAAUAGUAUGAUUGAUCACUAAAAAAUGUAAAUUAGAUCUUUUGCUCAUAUCAAAGAUGAUGGUAGCUCUUAAAAUAGCAUUUAAAAUAUGGAUUCAAGUAUUACAAUAAAUGACUAAUAAAGGAAAAGCAAACUGAGAAAAUAAACAAAAAGAUAAAUAUCUAUCUUAAAAAACAGUAAAAGUAUUGGAUUUAAAGAUAGUAAUGAGAUAAUUAAUGAAGAUGAAAUAUCUGAAAGCAUAGAAGUACAGUCAAAGCAGAAUGUAAAGCGUAAAUUAAAGAGGUAACUUACCUUUAAUGAAUUUCUAGUUGAGUAAAACUAUGUUAAUAAGAUUGAUCCAACUGAAACUAAAUAAAUAGAUAAUAAAGAGCAACCCUCUUAAAUAAACACUUACUACCAAUCAUACCUGCAAAGCAAACACAAAAGAGUUUCUUUUGAUAAGUUUUCUUAUAAAAAUAAACCAAAUUAAUUCCUUAAAAUAUUUGAAAAAAAUCAACUUGAAGCUACAGAUGUUCUUGAAUUAAAAAUUUGGGAAAAAAUUAUUGAAUAAAUGGAGGUAAGAGUUAAUGAGUAAGGAAAAUUAUUGUUUGUUGUGGAUUCAUUUAAAGGUUUACUUAAAGAAAUAUUAGCUACUUUUAUAACACACUUAAGAAGUUAAGAUAAUGUAUAGGUUUAAGUCACUAUUGAAAAACAACCAUAAAAAAUUAAAAGUAAGCUACUGCUUUAUCUCGAUUCUCCUAAAUUUUAGUAAAAGCAUCAAAAAAGUUUUAAAAAUGUUAGGAUAAAUAAUAAGCCUCAAUAUAGUAACGAUUCUUAGCAUAUAAGUUCAUCAAGAUAAAAAAAACAUAAGAAAAAGAAAUAAUCCAGCUCUUCUUCAGACUCCUCCUCAAAUUCUUCUUAAUCUUCUUAUUCUUCAUCAGACUCAUCCUCAUAAUCUUCUUAGGAUGAAAGAUCUCCAAUAAUUUAAUUAGAUGAUGAAAAUGAAAGAUAGUAAGGUAUUCUAGCACAUGGCUCUUAGGAAUAAGAAACUGAAGAAUACUUUUAGUAAGUAAAAAAUAAAUAUGAAAAGGAAUUGCUGGAAAAGGAAAUGUUAGGAAAUUCAGUUUCGCUUUACUUGGAGGAGGCUAUUAAAUGGGAUGUCUUUAUUAGAAUUAACUUUUUUGAGAAGCUGUAAACCGAAAAUGAAAAAUUGUGCAUGAACUUACUACUGUAAUAGUACUUCAAUGAGAAUAAAAAUAAUCUCAGUUAAUAUGUUGAGAGAUUCAGAAGCACCAAUAAAAAGAGUGCACCCAGAUAACUAAUUAAUAAGCCUUCUUAACCUCAAAGAAAUGUAACAGAUCAAUAAGCAAAAUCUAAAAUUUCAUCAAAUCGCUCAUCAAUACUUGAAAAGCUACAAAAUAAAUCUAGUUCUUUCAAAAAUAUUUUUUAAGAUAUGCAGUCGAAUAACAAUAAAACAACUAUGAUGAUAUAAAAAGCAGCCAAAAGUGUUAUGAUUAAUUCCCCUUUAUAAAUUCCACUUAAAGACAAUGAUGCUUAUUUUGAUCAAGAAGAGGAAGAAAUUAAGGAAGAGCAAGAAUAAAGCAACUACUAUCCAGAAAAUUAUUGUUUUGUUAGCUCUGAUUUUGUUUGUAUGGCAAGUAUGAUUAAAAAUAAAAUUAGAGAAAAUUAUUUGCCUUCUGCACUCUAUGAAGACGAAGAGUACUACUAAGAAUAGUAAAAGAAACAAGGAAAUGCUUAUAAGCAUUUUGAGAAUGUUCUCACAGCUAAUAAGCAAAGGCGUAAUACUAUGGCAAUAGUCCUAUCUGAAAAAUCUCCAAAAAACUAGAAAGACAAUCAAAAUAAGAGAAGCUUUUUAACACCAAAUACCUAUUAAUCUGAUAAAGCUCCAGAGCAGUAAGAAAAGGAAGAAAAAUAAUAAAAUCUCAUAAAUAAAGUAAAAAGUAGGUUUAGUUUAGUUUCAAAUAGCAACUAAUAACUUUAAAGCUAAUAAGCAACUCAAUAAAAUUAGCAACCAAACUAAUUAUUAAAAGGAUUAGGAAUGAAUAAAUCAUUAAGGGGUGUUAAUUUUAGUAAAAAUGAUUAAAGUAGUGCUGAGAAAAAGGCUAAUUUCAAUUCUCCCUCUACUUCUAGACUCUCAGGAUUUAAUAGUCGUUUAAAAACAAUUCUGCUAGCUUAACCUUCUUAUUUUUCAAAUAUCGAAGAAGCUGUUAAAUUUGAGCCUAAGGUUUAGAUUAAUUGUGAUAUAAAUAUUUAGCGCUUAAUUGAUCCCAAUUAAAAGCAUUUUAUCAUAAUGUAUAGAGGUGUCUUCACUAAAAAGCCAUUGUAAAUGAUAGCAAUUUAUUACUAAACUUCAAAAAGAAAAUUCUUUGCUGAAAUAUGGAAUAUUAAAACAUAAAAAAGAGUCAAACAAAAGAUCAAAUUCAAAUAGAUUUGCUACUAAAUUCCAUUUGUAAAAUAAUUGCUUAAGCUCAAAUAGUAUUCUGAAAUAGGUAGAAGAAUAUUUUUGACAUUUAAAAAUGCGUUAAUGAUUUCAACAUAUUACUAAGUAAAUUCUUGA